AUGACGGAUCACCCGUUUAUUGGUAAAUUCUUUCAGAUGUCAGUUCUGGAGCCCAAGAAGUUAGUUCUUAUUGGGGCUAAGGUCUCCCACCAGCGGGAUUUGAAUAUUGGCGCCAGCAGGAAAGGGAGAGUGAAAAUCCAAGUUGAGGAAAAAGAAGAUGACACCGAGGAAAGCUCAAGUGAAGAAGAAGAAGAAAAGCUACCUAGAAGAGAGAGUUUGAGACCAAAGAGGAAACGGACCAGAGAUGUUAUCAAUGAGGAUGACCCAAUACCUGAACCAGAGGAUGAAGAAACAAGGAAGGCAAGAGAAAAAGAAAGAAGGAGGAGGUUGAAAAGAGGAGCGGAAGAAGAAGAGGAAAUUGAUGCAGAGGAAUUGGAAAGACUGAAGGCAGAGUUAGAUGAAAAGAGACAAAUAAUUGCGACCGUUAAAUGCAAACCUUGGAAGAUGGAGAAGAAAAUUGAAGUUCUCAAGGAAGCAAAAAAAUUUGUGAGUGAAAAUGAAGGAGCUCUUGGGAAGGGAAAAGGAAAGCAGUGGUUUGCCUUUAAGAUGAUGAUGAGUAAGAAAUGGGCAAAAUUCCUUCGUGAUUUUGAGAAUUUCAAAGCUGCUUGUAUCCCAUGGGAAAAUAAAAUCAAGGCGAUUGAAAGUCAGUUUGGCUCAUCAGUGGCCUCCUACUUCCUUUUCUUGAGAUGGAUGUAUGGAGUAAAUAUGGUUCUUUUUAUACUGACGUUCAGCCUGAUCAUGUUGCCAGAGUACCUCUGGGGUUUGCCAUAUGGAAGUUUACCUAGGAAAACAGUCCCAAGAGCUGAAGAGGCAUCUGCAGCCAACUUUGGUGUGUUGUACGACUUCAAUGGUUUGGCACAAUAUUCCGUCCUCUUUUAUGGCUAUUACGACAAUAAACGAACGAUUGGAUGGAUGAAUUUCAGGUUGCCGCUCUCCUAUUUUCUGGUGGGGAUUAUGUGCAUCGGAUACAGCUUUCUGGUUGUCCUCAGGGCGAUGACCAAAAAUAUUGGUGACGAUGGAGGUGGCGAUGACAACACUUUCAACUUCAGCUGGAAGAUGUUCUGCAGCUGGGACUACCUGAUUGGCAACCCCGAAACAGCCGACAACAAAUUUAAUUCCAUCACAAUGAACUUUAGGGAAGCUAUAACAGAAGAAAGAGCAGCCCAAGUAGAAGAAAAUGUCCACUUGAUCAGAUUCCUGAGGUUUCUUGCUAACUUCUUCGUGUUCCUAACACUUGGUGCAAGCGGAUACCUCAUCUUUUGGGCUGUGAAGAGAUCCCAGGAAUUUGCACAGCAAGAUCCUGACACCCUUGGGUGGUGGGAAAAAAAUGAAAUGAAUAUGGUUAUGUCCCUCCUGGGGAUGUUCUGUCCAACACUGUUUGACUUAUUUGCUGAAUUGGAAGACUACCAUCCUCUCAUCGCUCUGAAAUGGCUCCUGGGACGCAUUUUUGCUCUCCUUUUAGGCAACCUGUAUGUAUUUAUUCUUGCCUUAAUGGAUGAGAUUAACAACAAGAUUGAAGAGGAGAAGCUUGUGAAGGCCAACAUCACCCUGUGGGAAGCCAACAUGAUCAAGGCCUACAACGCAUCCCUCUCUGAAAAUACCACCGGGCCACCAUUUUUUGUUCAUCCUGCAGAUGUACCUCGAGGACCGUGCUGGGAAACCAUGGUGGGACAGGAAUUCGUGCGACUGACCGUUUCUGAUGUUCUGACGACUUAUGUCACAAUUCUCAUCGGUGACUUUCUCAGGGCAUGUUUUGUAAGGUUUUGCAAUUACUGCUGGUGCUGGGAUUUGGAAUAUGGAUAUCCUUCCUACACCGAAUUUGACAUCAGUGGCAACGUCCUGGCUCUGAUCUUCAACCAAGGCAUGAUCUGGAUGGGCUCCUUCUUCGCUCCCAGCCUCCCGGGCAUCAAUAUCCUUCGACUCCACACAUCUAUGUACUUCCAGUGCUGGGCCGUGAUGUGCUGCAAUGUUCCUGAAGCCAGGGUUUUCAAAGCUUCCAGAUCAAAUAAUUUCUACCUGGGCAUGCUUUUGCUCAUCCUCUUCCUGUCCACCAUGCCGGUCCUGUACAUGAUCGUAUCUCUCCCACCAUCUUUUGAUUGUGGUCCCUUCAGUGGCAAAAACAGGAUGUUCGAAGUCAUUGGUGAGACCCUGGAGAAUGAUUUCCCAAGCUGGAUGGCAAAGAUUUUGAGACAGCUUUCCAACCCUGGACUGGUCAUUGCUGUUGUUCUAGUGAUGGGUUUGACCAUCUAUUAUCUCAAUGCCACUGCCAAGGGCCAGAAGGCAGCAAAUCUGGAACUAAAAAAGAAGAUGAAACUGCAAGCUUUGGAAAACAAAAUGCGAAACAAGAAGAUGGCAGCCGCACGUGCAGUUUUCAGCCAGGAUAAAGAGGGGGCAGUUAGUUACCCAUUUGUGCCAAGUGGAGCAGUAGACGGGGACUCCCAACAGCUUCUCAGACAGCUAAAGUCUUUUCUUUGUAUUGAUUCUUCGCUUCCAGAAUUACCAUAG